AUGCCUCUCACAGUCCAUCACCUCCAAGUCUCCCAGUCAGAGCGUAUCCCCUGGCUCUGCGAAGAACUCGGCAUCGAAUAUGAUCUCAAGCAAUACAAACGCUCUCCCCUCCUCGCACCCGCCGACUUCAAGGCUCUUCACCCCAUGGGCGCCGCCCCCGUCAUAACAGACGGCGCAACAACCCUCGCCGAGAGCUGCGCAUGCAUUGAAUACAUCAGCCACAAAUACGCCAAUGGCGCUCUCUUCCUGCCCCCAAGUCACCCAGCGUACGCAGAUUUUCUCUACUGGUGGCACUACGUCGACGGAACCCUCCAAACUGCCUUAGGUCGAAUCAUGCUCAUUCGCUCUGCAAAGUUGAGCGAUGAUAACCCUGUCGUGCAGUUUGGUAAAGUAAAGUCACGACAGGCACUCAAGUUAUUGGAUGAGCGGGUCAAGAAUAAUGAGUGGCUUGCGGGCGAGGAGUUUACGGCUGCUGAUAUCAUGGUUGUGUUUCCGCUCACGACGAUGAGAUACUUUUCGCCGUAUGGAUUAGAGGAGUAUCCUAAUGUUUUGAAGUAUCUUGAACGGAUUGCACGGAGGGAGGGGUUUAAGAAGACGAUGGAGAAGAUUGAUAAUAGUAUGGAGAUGUCGAUGGGUGCGAGCCCGCCUCAGAGUCCUUUCAAGCUGUGA